AUGCAAUGGGGCUUCGUCUGCACAGCGUCGUUCGUACAUGCCAUUAGUUGCUUCACGCGCUAUGUCGGGUUCGUAUGUGUCGCCAUUGCCAUGGCGCUUAUCUUUCUCGUGGCAGGUCUUUUUAUGCACGCAAUCAUCCCUAUUCUAGCGAAUACGACAGUGCAGUUGUUGUGCCAUUUAGCCGUAUCAUUUGUGCUGCUCUUCAACAUCUACUUUAACUACGCGCUCUGCUGCGCGACAGACCCGGGCGUGAUUACAGCCAAGUGGAAAAUAGAGACGGACGUAUGGGAUGCACAAGUAGAGGAGGUCAAGAAUAGCGACCAAAACGUCGAGGAGGGAGCAGCGCUGGAGCAAACAGCAGACGACGACAGUAAUCAUGACAGUGAACUCAGCAAUGUUGAGAUGGGACGUCUUCCUAGGAUUCGACUCAGUGCAGCGACUCUAGACGGGGAGAAAACGAGUGGCGAUCGAGUGCAAUUGCCACCUGUGCAACUGGUAGACACACAGAGUGUGCACGUAGCCAGACAACGUGGUCGUCGCCCACAAGCCGAGAACGGCGUAUCAUACUGCCGAAGGUGCCGCCACUUUCGACCCCCUCGGGCCCAUCACUGCUCGGUGUGUAAUCGGUGUAUUGCUCACUUGGACCACCAUUGCCCAUGGGUGAAUAACUGUAUCGGACGCAACAACUAUCGGUACUUCUUUUCGUUUCUUGUGUGGCUAGCCGUGGGUUGUUACUAUGCCGCAUACAUGAGCUACCUGGCGGCAUACGCUGAACUAGAACCCAAUCAAUACGCGAGAAUGCUUGUGCUCGCUCAGGUGAGUUUGCUCCACGUGUCCGCAUCAAAAACGCUCCAGUUUGCUUUUGCAAUCUCGGCGGCCGCAGGUAUAGCUGUAACGAUUCUUGCAACCUGGCAUGGCUUCCUCAUUGCGACUGCGCAGACGUCCGUGGAGCUGCAGAUCAAUCGAUAUCCACGCAAUCGACGUCUGCAUGGCGGAAAAGCAGUAAGCCCGUACUCGACUGGAAGUGUGAGCGGCAACUGGGAACUCGUGUUUGGCCGUAGCAAGUACAAGGUCCUGUCGCUCUUGCCAAGCACGCGUCUUCCGCCAAAUCCGCGAACGCUGCACAAAAGACGGAGAAAUACCGAACGCAUGGCAAAGUCAAACUAUGCGAGGGUGACAGGACGAGACUCUCGCUCUCCAGACACCAUAGUCUAA